UACACAGUGAAGCGUGGCUGCGGCUCCUCCCCCUCGACCCAAAUGACAAGCUAGUGGAGUCGUCCGCCGUUGCUAACAAAACCGCGGAAAUAAAGCCGUAAUGCGGUCGCUUUCGUCGUCAUUUGUUGCUUCUUAGUUGCGGUGACGGCACGGCGGGUACGCGAAGACCUUCGUCGACCCGUUUUUCGCUAGCCAGUCGUUUCGCGGGAGGCGCGCAUUGGAACAGUCAAGUCACAAGUUACGAGUCAAGUUAACGUUCGCUAGUUUGGUUUGACAGCUAACCGUUCACGGUGACUAGCUUGUCUCAGUGCUAGUCCACGUCAGUUUCAAAACAAAUCACGCAGAGCGUUACCUUUUCUGCAUUUGUGCCAGUUUUACUCAACGUUAACAGCCAGAUAACGUUGGACUGCGUACGGGGAGGCUAACUUUGUGUUUAUUUCUUCUGCUGCGUUUCGGGAGGUUUACCAAGUUAGUGUUGAGCUCGAGAGCUCCGUCGACUACAAAAGCCACUCGAGUUCUUCUGAAUCUUGGAUUUAAAUGUCCGAAAAGAGUUCAUCGUCCGGCUCAGACGAAGAUGUGGAACCAGAAUCCGCACAACCUUUGGAGUUCGGGGGCGUUUUGAGCAAAUGGACCAAUUACAUCCACGGAUGGCAGGACCGAUGGGUGGUGUUGAAGAACAACACUUUGAGCUACUACAAGUCGGAGGAUGAACGGGAAUAUGGCUGCAGGGGCUCGUUGUGCCUCAGUAAGGCUGUCAUCACACCCCACGAGUUUGACGAGUGUCGUUUUGACAUCAGCGUCAACGACAGCGUGUGGUACCUCCGAGCCGAAGACCCCGAGCACAGACUCCAGUGGAUCGAGUCAAUUGAGUUGCACAAGGCUGAGUCCGGGUAUGGGUCAGAAUCUAGUCUGAGGCGUCAUGGUUCCAUGUUGUCCCUCACUUCAGCAGCCAGUGCCUUGUCUGCCACAUCCACAUCCUCUUUUAAGAAGGGACACAGGCUGUGUGAGAAAUUAGCAGAAAUGGAGACCUUCCGGGACAUUCUUUGCCGACAAGUGGACACGCUGCAGAAAUAUUUUGACUCCUGUGCUGACGCCGUCUCCAAAGAUGAGUUUCACAGGGACAGAGUAGUGGAGGAGGAUGAAGAAGACUUCCCCGCCACUUCAAGGCCAGACGGCGAAUGUUGUCACAACAAUAACGGCAGCAAAGAGAAACUGUUCUCCCCCGCCAGUCCCAAAGGGAUCAAUGGCAUCGACUUCAAGGGAGAGGCCAUCACCUUCAAGGCCACCACAGCGGGCAUCCUGUCUACUUUGUCACAUUGUAUUGAGCUGAUGGUCAAACGAGAGGACAGCUGGCAAAAGAGACUGGACAAGGAGCUGGAAAAGAGGAGGCGGGUAGAAGAUGCCUACAAGUCUGCUGUGCAUGAACUGAAGAAAAAGUCCCACUACGGAGGCCCGGACUAUGAGGAGGGGCCCAACAGUUUGAUCAAUGAGGACGAGUUCUUCGACGCGGUAGAGGCUGCCCUCGACAGACAAGACAAAAUAGAAGAGCAGUGCCAGUCAGAGAAGGUCAGGAUUCCUCGACUGACUCCGGUGCCCCCCGGUGACGUCUACUCCAGCGUCAGCACGCACAGAUUCGCGACCAAGGCGCGUAGUCAUUGCUCUUCCCUGUCCUCUGUCGAGCUAGUCAGUGCUUCAGAUGACAUUCACAGAUUCAGCACUCAGGUGGAGGAGAUGGUGCAGAAUCAUAUGACGUACUCGCUUCAGGAUGUGGGCGGAGAUGCCAACUGGCAGCUGGUCAUCGAGGAAGGAGAGAUGAAGGUGUACCGAAGAGAAGUGGAAGAGAACGGGAUCGUGUUGGAUCCUCUAAAAGCGACACACGCCGUCAAAGGGGUGACGGGACACGAGGUCUGCCAUUACUUCUGGGACACUGCAGUGCGCUUGGACUGGGAGACCACCAUUGAAAACUUUAACGUUGUGGAAACGCUCUCCGACAACGCCGUCAUCGUUUAUCAGACACACAAGAGAGUGUGGCCGGCCUCUCAGAGGGACGUGCUCUAUCUGUCAGCCAUCAGGAAGAUUCUGGCAACCAACGAGAACGAUCCCGACACCUGGUUGGUGUGCAACUUCUCUGUCGACCACAAAAAUGCGGCCCCCUCCAACCGGUGCGUCCGGGCCAAAAUCAACGUUGCCAUGAUCUGUCAAACUCUGGUCAGUCCACCAGAGGGCGAUAAAGAGCUCAGCAGGGACAACAUCCUGUGUCGAAUCACUUAUGUGGCCAAUGUAAAUCCAGGCGGUUGGGCUCCGGCCUCGGUGCUCCGAGCCGUCGCCAAGAGAGAAUAUCCCAAGUUCCUCAAACGUUUCACCUCCUACGUCCAGGAGAAGACUUCGGGGAAGCCCAUCCUGUUUUGAGAGGAAGUGAAGGCUGCUCCCCCUGAAAGACGCCAGCGUGCAACAUGCGUCCCGACAAGCACAACCGAGGACCCCCUUGAACACGAGACUGGUUGUGUGGCUUGAAUCCAUCAGUAUUUGUCCUUCCAGCUUAACAUCUGUGGGUCCUUUUUAUAUAUAGUUUCCUCCUCAGUGGUUUUCAAACGAUUGUUGGUCGCUUUUUUGUAGAUUGUUUUGUACAUUUCUUAUGAUUACAUAGUUGUUGUGAUUUGGGGCUAACUGUUAGCGUCAAUGCUACUCGUUUGCUGCUGCUAAAGAGAGAAAAGUGAGUGAGUCUUUUUCGCCUCCCGCCCCUCUAGUGAUGAGCCCGUCCGCGGCCCAGCGCCUGAAGCGCCUGAAGCGGUUUCUCUCCGAUAUCUUUAUAUUUGUACAGCUUCUCUGGAGAGCAACCGCAGGACACGGCGGUUUGUGCAGAGAAACCACACUUAGUUUACCAAAGCGACAAAUGUGAAUUGACUGUUAAAAUGCUUGAAUUAGAUGCUGGUCGAUCUGCCAAGGAAGCUUUGGCUUAAAGUCUCAUUGACACAUAGAACAGAUGCUACGUCGCAGCUUAUCUGCUAGCACCUGGCGGCCAUUUUGGUUGCUGUAGCGUCUCGCGGUGUAAAGAUUUCUUUCCUCUCUUUGAGAGUGAAGUAGAUUCCUUGAUUUUCAUAGCCCACCGCACCCCCGAUCUUUAGUCUGCCUAAGAAAUGUCUCCACUCAAUUAUUUUUGUCUACGUGCACAUUUAGUUUAUCACCUUCAUCCUAAAUUUAGCAUUCCAGCGCUACGAUUACAUGUUGCGUGCCACACUACAGUGCACAGUGACUGAUGAUGAUAAACUACGUCCGGGGAUGCCUUAGACACCAGCGAGAGUCUGGCGGUUCUUACUAUACAAUCACCACGUGUGCAUUUAUCAACCGUGAUGAAGUGUUUUUGUGUUGGGGUGGGAGGUUCAGCAUUUCACAUAAUCAUACCUCAACAUUAAAAACAGCUCUGGAUUGUUUGGUAUCAUCGUUGUCAUCAAAUUUGAUUUUGUUUUGGGGGGGGGGGGGGCAAUGCUUAAGAAGGAUUUUGGAUUAUUAAUUUAUACGAUCUACACACCAUGUCCGCUGAAGAGUAUAGCUAUUGUUUUUAAUUUUGAUAUUGUCACUAAUCCACACACUUUGUACGUGUGUAAGUUGUACAUCAAAAGUGUUAUUAUUUGCACUAAAUGUAAUGCAAGUUGACAAUGUUCUGUAAAUUAAAAUUGCUACACAACAGAAAUGUGACAAAGUGUGUUUCUUGUUUUUAGGGUGGAGGGGAGCAAAAAUGAUUGAAAAAUAGUUUUUUCUCCCUUUACUUUCCAAAAACAAGCAUUCAACACUAAAUCAGGUCACCAAUCUUUUUGAAAGUGAAAGCUACUCGUGGGUACUGAUUAUUGUGAAGGGCAACUAGUUUGAUACACACUUAUGAAAACAAAUUACCUUUAUUUGGUCAUGAUUUAUGUGAAGACACUUUUUUCAGUUCUUAAAAUAACAGAUUUAAAAAGGUAGGAAACCUUGGCUGUGAAUCUAAAAGUAGCAAAUGUCUGGUAAUACUGUUGUUUGUUUCUCAUUACACUUUCUGUACUGUGUCAGAGAUGAUAAAGGUUAGACACUUGAUGUCACUUUA